AUGAAGUCCCUUUGGAGCAUCACCAUCCACAACCACAGUCAUACCAAUCAUGAUGAGAAAGAUGGACAACUGCAUGGUAGCUCUGUGACGUUUACUGCACAUACGUGUAGCUUCUUCCCUAAAUGCAAAAAAAAGGCUUUUUUUAAAUUUUUUUCAUUGCACUUGUAAAAAUAAAUCUAAUAUGUAUGAAUAAGUUAUGACUAAAUAUUUAACUAACUUAGAGAAAAACAGGUCCAAACUAUGUAAAACUAUGUAAAAUUUUCUUGUUUUGUUUUGUUUUUCCUUAUAUACGCGUAUUUUGACCGCAAAACAAAAAGGUUUGGCCCUUCCCGUUAUAUUGAACAAAAAUCGUGCUAUAAAUUAGACAUGUCUUAGCUGCAAAAAGAGCUCCAUUAUCUCAUAAUGACAAUUAUCAGUUUUUUUUUAAUUUCUUUUGUAGUGCAUUAAUGGGAGUGAAUAUCACAAAUUCUCCAUUUCCCUCUCCAUCAUUAUUCUGCCCUUCGAAAUUUACAACAUGUUUACGAUCCACAGACUUUAAGUUAACAACAGCGCUUGAAGACUAAAAGAAAGUGUGUUUUGAUAUGCGUCAUUUCUCUUACCAAUCUCUUCUGCUGUCCUGCCCAGUGUGUUGUACACAUUCAAGCUUUUUUUUUUUUCUUUUUAUCCUUUCGCACCAGGCGACGGUUUAAGGAAAGAGACCGUGGGAAUCUCAUCAGACUUUAUUUUACUAGCCGUUUACUGCAGUUAAUUGCAAUUGUUGUAGAUAAUUAGGAAAAAACUAAAACUGGCAAACAGCAGAACGUUUAUUGAAUCUUUCCCAUUGAUACUGGCUGGCAGCUCACGGCUAUUUUCUUUCUCUAUUUUAUUAUUAUUAGUUUUUUUUUUCACCUAAUAUUUCCAAACUGAAAUAAAAAUAAAAAAAAUAUUUUACUAUCUUUAAAAUUUUAAUUUAUGGAAAUAAAUGGUUCAAUAUUGUCUCACCUUUAUAUUUAAUUAUGGCUAUACAUUUAUUAAAAACGGUUAAAACAUUGCACCUUACAAAUCAUAAAAUUGCUUUUCAACAAAUUUGACCAGAAUUAUUUCUUAACCCCCUAAAAAAAUAAUAAGAGUUAUAACGGACCAUAUAAUUUGUAUAACAGUUUUUUCUUUAACCUUGUUUUAUUUAUUAUCUUUCACCGGUAACGAUGACAUAGUACUUAGUUGUGCAUUUUGUUUUAACCUGUCAUAAUAAUAGAAUAAUUUAUCUUUUUUUUUUUAAAUACUCACUCACUCAUUACUAUAUAACAAAACAAAAAAAAUUAAUAAGGCAUAAAACGUGUCUACGGUUAUGACGAACCACUUCGUCAUCACUAUAUGAUUCUGGAAAACAAUUAAUUCAAGGUAGGACAAAAGAAAGAGACUUAUCAUCGCGUAAUUCUUUUAUCAUUUCUGAUUUUUUAGCAAUAAAAUUUAGUCGUUUACAGAUUCUCAACACUUAAAAGGAUAAUUAAGCUGUUCUGAAGGAAUGAUCGGACAUUUUUGGGGAAAAAAUUGCAGAUUCUACCAUCAUUUACUUGGUCAGCACUGAAAUAACCCAGUCCAUUAGCUCAGCUCAAGGCCGGCAGUUUAAAGAAUGUUUAUUUAUUGAUUAAGGCUCCUAUUUGAGAGUAUUAACACUUUAAACAUAUGUAAUUAUUAGGAGGUUCCUCAGGGUCAUUUAACUUCAGACAGAUCUUUAAUGAGAGCGCGGGGAUUGACGACUUGAUAAACCAAUCGGUUGCAUUUAUUUUUUUCAUAUAUGCAGAAUGGUUGCCUCACGUUUAAUCAAUAAACCGCAUUAAUUAGAAGACUUUGUAAGUGAAAACAAACUUCAAAAUCAAAUCUUUAAAUCUCCUGAAAAUCUCCUUUCUAUUUGAAUUUUAUGUCCACUAUUUGUUUUAAAAUCAAAAAAGACAGUGUAAAAAUAGUUUGAAUUACAACCUCAAAACUCGUACACAUCAAUCCUAUUUAUUAUUAUUAUUAUUAUUAUUAUUAUUAUUAUUAUUAUUUAAGUAUUAUUACUUUUAGAGUGCUUUGCAACUGGAAACAUGAAAUUUUCCGUAUGUUACUAACAUACUAGCACGCCUAAUAAAUUCUAUCAUUAGACCUUGUAUUUUGAACUAUUAAGUUCAUAUUAAGAACUUAUUUUCACUGCUUUUUGACAGACAGCUUUAUCUAGAUUCUGGAUCAGAAACUUCUCUCAAGAAACAACAACCUCGCGGAACUCCAAUUAAAAGAAAUUUCGUAAUUGUUUAACUCUUAAAGAGUCAAUACAGCUUGUUGACUUUUUAUCUACUAUCUAAAUAUGCGACUGUGAAGUGACGUUCGUCUCACAAGCUCUAAUUGCUCCCAAAAUGCUGAUUUAUUCAGCUUAAGCGGUAUAUUCUUUGAAACAAAGUUUCAUCUCCCUUUUUAACCAAAUAUAAUUAUAAUUUGAUAACAAAAACAGCAAUUUUCAUUUUCAUGGGAUUCGCAGAGUUAUUUAUUUCACUUUUUUUUUUUAAGAAAAGGUGGAAGGAUUCUUUUAAUUUCAUUUUUUUUAAACAUAUUUUAUUUUUAGUCUUUAUAUGACGAUAUUAUUCUGCAAAUUAUGUUGAAGGAAUUUCACUCAAUGCAAGACAGACGCGAGUUCAGUUUGCAUAAAACAUGAAAUGCUCUACUUUGAUAUUUUCUCCAGGAAACAAUGAAAGUUAUUUUUCAAAUGAUUCUAUAGGAUUUUUCUUUAUGCUUAGUUAAAAUGAACAACAUCUGAGCAAAUUAUUAUUAUCAUCAUUAUUAUUAUUUUAAAUUUUUAGAAUGCUAAAACAAACAAUGUUCCAGAUAAAUGCGGCUCCGAGAUCUUAUAAUGAACUUUCAGAAGUCCGACUUCAGUCCGAACACUGGUAAGUGUCAGACUUAACGUACGUUCAGUAGUUUUAAAGGUGCAGAUACUCCAAGCUAUAAACCAAAAAUAGUAGAUAAAAUGGACAUUUUUAAGUUCAUAAAACGCAGAAACCCAUACACUGGUCAGGAUUUGAACUUAAAGAUUUUCAGGGCUGAUUUAUUAAGGGGAGAAAAAAUUAAAUUUCAUAUAUAAGUUACCCAGCAAGACUACAAGUGCAAUUGCCAACCCCUAAAUCAAUACAUGUCCAUUCACACCUUCAUUUCUUCAGUAAAAAGAAGGAUUUAAUAGUAUGGGGAGUUCUGGGAGUUAUAGUGAAUAAACGUGGAUUAGAUCCUCAAAACGUUUUACCAAGAGUGAGAUACCCAGUUCAGAUGGGACAGGUCAUUAAUAUUCGUAAGGCAUUAUUGUUCACAGAGAAUUUCAACCUUUAUUGUUUCAUGAAACUUUAGAAAAAGAUUCAUCAUGCUAUGCUUUUACUUAUUCAGAAGUGAACACAAGUUUUCGCAGCAAACGUAACAUCCAAUGACCAUCGCCAAACUCUCAAGCCUAAGAUUAUCGAAAAAAGGGUAACGUUUAUUUGGUGAAUCGAGUUCAAGGCUAGGACUAAUAGACUCAAACCAUUUGAUAAAAGAAAGGGAAAUGUUUAUGUUUAUUAGUGUUUAAUAACAUACUCAACAUCGUAAAACAUAUAUUCAGAAUACUGAAGUUGUUUUCAUUUAAAGAAGUACUGACCAAUUACCUUUUCCUUAACACAAUACGCUUAGCAAUAAAUCUAUUUGGGCCUAAACUGAUUACAAUAUUUUUAUAUCUUGUACGUCGUCCUAUUUAUGUAAUCAAGUAAGUUACUCUUAUUACGCAGGAUGUUAAACAAGACAGACAUUUAGAGAUGACACUACCAGCUCCAAUCUGGUUGUUCAUUGAAGCCAGUGUACUCACUUCGCUUGUAGACUUGAGCAAUGCCUAUGGCCAGGAACCCCCGAAAGGACUUCAGUUUUUAGGUGUGGGCUAUAACCUUUUGAAAGGAAACCCCGAAGGUGGUGAUUUGUCAAAUGGAGGUAUCGACCCUGGACUGCUCUUCACUAGAAAGGUGUUCAAGUUGUCGUAUGACACCAAUAAACUUUCUGUUGGCCAGCAGUACAUGAUACCAGAUCAGGUUAGCUUCGCUCCGAGGUCCAGUUGUGUGACUACCACACAGAAAGAAGUUAUUUCCGGAUCGAAGAGUUAUCAGAAAAAGCUGGCUGUUGAUGUAUGUGCUAACGGUAAUAAUUAUCCAUAAGUUUUAAAAUCUAGAUUUUGAAUCUAAAUAACGAUUAACUAAUAAUUAAUUUUUAAUUUUUGAUUGAAAGGCUCAUGGCACAUAGUUACUCAGUCUCGAACAAAUUCACUAAUUUUUAAUAAAUCAAGUGAUUUUUAAUUGUUGUUGUUGCUUGUUUCUUUACAUAGGUGGAUACGAAUCAGACCUAUGGAAUGUUGCUUUCACCCUGAGUUCAAGUAGGUUGACUUGUUACUGUUAUUGUUAAUUGUUUCCCCACUAAAAUACUCCAUAUUAAAGCUCCAUUUUUUUCCACUUAAAUGCUGGGUCUCCCCGAAAAGUCACUACUUAAAAAUGCUUAAUGAUGCUUAUCAGACAGCGGGUUAUUUAGUAAUUUAAAAAGUAGUGUUAAAACAGCAACGGAUACAAGUAAAUGGUUUUCAUAGAGCAUUAAGAUUGAUACUCUUAACAGCUGUUAAUAACAGUGACAUUUGAGUUUGGUUUGAUAUCGGCAUUAAACAUACACAAAGUGUCCAUUCUAUCUCGAUAUAUAUAAUCUUAAUUUCAUUUUUUCUCGCAAAAAAUUAUAGCUUUCUCGAAAAAUUCCAGUAAAAUGCUCUCACAAUGCUUAAUGCUUUUGCUUCACUAAACCUCUCGAAGAAAUGCGAGCAUAAAGCAUAUUUUUCAGUGUAAAUUUGGUAGCUGUAUCAUUAGACGUAUCUCUUCAAUUCGUCUGCUUUUAUUACAGUUCUAAGUCUAAAGAAAAGCCCUCUUAGUGAUACCAAACACACAAUACUUAGUUGAACGUGGAUCCAGUGUGGAUCACGGGAACUGCUUUCUAGACAGUAAUAUUAGUAAUAAUGUCUCUUAUUUUCUUCGAUUUAUUAGAUUUCGAAAAGAUGACUAAGGAGACAUCGACGUACAAUAAUGUGUUUUACGAAGAGAAAAGUGUGUGUAACCGCGGUCGCGCUCGCUACCAGUUGGAUUUAGUGCCGAUAAAGAAGUUCCCAGUGUCUGAAGACUUUGCAGCCGCGGUUUGUGGUCUUCCAGGCCAAUAUUCUGAAAGAACGUACUAUCAGUUCAUUGAGAGAUGGGGAACCGUAAGUUGUACAUAACUUGGAUGUUUUCAAUGAUGAUUAUUGAACUGAAGGGAUUGCAAUUUGGCUUAUUAACAAACGCGGCAUUUCAAAAUUUAAGGAGCGCGCAGCACAAGUCAACUUUGUAACCACAGACAAAAAUUGCACUUCACUCAGAUCAAUUGCCGCGAAAAAAUUUAUUACAUCCAUUCUGAAAUUCCUCGAUUUAAUGGCUCAAAUACAGGAUUAUUUCUUAUUCGGUACCGGUAUUUUAUUAAUUCAGUCACUGGUGUCGCUAAAAACGCUUUCAAAUCUCAUAUUGUAUGCAGUACAGAAAUAAUGAGAAUCAGAGCAGAAAAAAUUUGAAUGCUUGGAUAAAAACGGUGAAACGUUUACAUAACUAAUUUUAGCGGCAAACAUUUUACAAAAAAAAAAAAGCAUUUAAGAAUGUUUUUAAAUAUAAUAGUCAUGGUUGUUCGCCUCUUUAAUCUGCAUUGGCUUUUUUUUCUCGGAUGUCGUUUUAUUUUAGCAUAUUGUAGUUGAAGUGGAGUUGGGUGAAAAAACGAUUGAGCGCUCUAAAAGCAGUAGGACAGAAUUCACAAAAUACGCCAUGAAUAACGUAAGUAUGGAUCCCCCUUUUAAACUUAUUGAAUAGUUUCCACGCCCUACUUGUAAAAUGUAUGAUUUAAUACAUUCCCGCCGCAAAUAUAUUUUUACUUUAAUUUGUGUUCUCCGAAGCAAAGCGGAGGAAGAGUCAAGUCUCAUUUUACAUGUCCUACAGAUAAAUAAACUGCGAUCCCUAAACAGUCGAUAAGUCAUUGUUAUUAAACUAUUCAAUUCCUCCCUGUUUUUUGUUGUUUUUUUUUCUCCAGCUUAAAGGAUCAGUAUCUGCAGAAGGUGCUUUUCAAGGUUUUUCAUCGUCAUUGUCAGUGAACAUGGAGAGAUUCCGAGAAGAGAUGUCAGAGGACACAAAAUUCGGGGAAAGUAAGAUAACUCUCACCUCAGGAGGGAUGGACAUGCCUGAGCCAAUUGGUUUGCGGCUGAUUCCAAUCUACGAAGCCAUGAGCAAGAGUUUCUACGUUGCUUCCGCAUCUGCUAGGACCGCGUUGCCAUGCCAGCACACGGAUUCCUUACUGAAUUCUAGACGAAAAAAUCUAAAGACAAUCCUGAGAGACUACCCUAGAGUGAAGAGGGUCAAGAAACCAGUUGGUAGGUGUAACAUCUAUCCUUGCGUUUUAAUGAGUGUUCAGAGUAAGGGCAAGUUCUCGUUUUAAAAAUAUCUCUAUGAAUUGCUCCUUAAAUUUUUGGUUCUCGGUGUUUAAAAAAUGGUGGGUAUAACCAUCUCCAAUUCAUGAAAACAAAACAAAAAAAAACAUUUUCAAACCAGCAGGUCCAUUUUGCUAGCUGAAGCUUCCCUGAGAGGGGACACUUUUGUUAUCUUUUUUUUUUUUUUAAACACUUCUGCUAAGAAAACACGAUUUUUCUGGUCCAUAAAGAUCUUCUGUUAACAGAAUACUUGACCGUAUGUUUAAACUAUAUUACGUACAGGCACCAAGCAAUGAAUCUAGAAUACCAACUAUUGACACUAUAAUUUCUAACACCGCUCCUAAAACUCAACUACCAACAGUUUCCUUUUAAAUACGACAGAGUGUCAAUUUUGGUUCCCAAGAGCUAUGGCCUAUGAGAGCUAUGGUUGAUGAAAACUGUUAACGAGGUAAAAUAAAUAAAUAAGUAAAUAAAUAAAUAAAUAAACAAAUAAAUAAAUAAAAUUUUCUCUUGUGAUAGAUCCGGAAGUAAGAAUUCCCUUAACUUGGCCACAGGGAACGUAUGGGCUUCCGAUGACUUACCGUGGUUGUCCUGUUGGGGCCGGAUUUCGAUGGCAUCAUGGGUACCGCUAUCAGGAAGGGGAGCUUGGAAAUAGCUGGUCAGGGGGUUACCACCUCGGUGGAAAGAAAUCCAUCUGGACUAACGAACAAACCUUCUGCAUGAAGACUCAGCAGCGUGGAACCGAGUAUGACCUGGAAUGGGGACCAGGACAGUACUGUAUAUUUAAGAAGGGAGACUGCCAAGAAGGUAAGCCGUUUUAGUUAUUAGAGAGAUCAAGAGGCACUGAACGGCAAACGUCAGGCGGAUUCAAGUUGAGAACUCCUCAAAAUAGAAAACGAGCCGGGAAAAACAGUUCCGAACAAUCAAUUGUUAUUGAUUAAACUGGCGUGAAUCCACUGAUUUCUGUGUAGUUUUUAGUAAAGAGUGAAUGUCAAGUAAAGGGGAAACUUGGUCAAAUGAUACAAAGGUGAUUCUUAACCUCUCUGUUAGUUUAAUUAUAGAAUGAAGAUGAUUUGAACUGAGGGAGUACAAAUCUAAAUGAUGACAUGAGCAUCCUUGCAAUAGAAAAUUAAACGGGUAAAAAAAUUCCGGGGCACCAGCAGGCAUUCGAACCCAUGACCUCUGCGUUAGCGAAGAAGCCAUGGUUCAUAUCGAUAAACUGAUCAAUAACUAACUCAUACGAAUAUUUAUGAGCAAAUUAUUUCCGUUUCUGAUUGGCACGAGUAUUAAUACAACGAAAAAUAAAAUUGCUUCUCUGAGGGACACAUAGCCGACUAGGAAAAAUUAUGCCUGAAAUGAGUUCUCUAAAUGACGGGCUUGAAAAUAUUCUUGUUUUCCAGGCUUCGAUGAAGGUUUUAUUCGCUGGGAUGACGAAAAUACAGACAACAAUAACAACUAUCGAGGUACUUUACCAGAUGGAAAAUACGGGAAAAAUACACUGAUCAAGUAUUGUUGUCGCACAGACGGCUUUGCGACAAAUCCCAUUAUCCUUCCAACAGAUCAGCCCUUCGUUCUUUUCAAAUCCAAUAGUCAUCAGUGCCAACAGGUCCAAGGAAUGCAUGCGCACUCCGAAUGGUUCAAGUGGGACACAGAAGAUUGGUCUUUCUCGGGAAAUGAAAAGGGUGGAUCCAUUCCAUAUGGAGAAGUCGGCAGGAAUAUAAAACUUGAUUAUUGUUAUUACACUCGGUCUUGA